CUCACCAGUCACGUGGUCACGUGACGCGCUCCACCAUGGCGGCGCCGUGGGGCCGCGGCUUCGCUUCCUGACGGGGCGGCGCGGAUCGACGCGGCCGGUGCCGGCCGGGGCGCGGCUCCUGCAGCCUCGCCCUCCCGUGGGGCUGACAGCCCCCGCCGGGCCGGGGCCAUGCAGGAGAGUCAGACCAAGAGCAUGUUCGUGUCCCGGGCCCUGGAGAAGAUCCUAGCCGACAAGGAGGUGAAGCGGCCCCAGCACUCCCAGCUGCGCAGGGCCUGCCAGGUGGCGCUCGAUGAAAUUAAAGCAGAAAUAGAAAAGCAGAGGCUUGGCACUGCCGCACCACCGAAGGCAAACUUCAUCGAAGCUGACAAGUAUUUCCUUCCCUUUGAGCUAGCGUGCCAGUCCAAGUCCCCACGGGUGGUCAGCACGUCCCUUGACUGCUUGCAGAAACUCCUGGCAUAUGGGCACAUCACAGGCAAUGCCCCCGACAGUGGAGCUCCAGGAAAGCGGCUGAUCGACAGGAUUGUUGAAACCAUUUGCAAUUGCUUUCAGGGCCCCCAGACCGAUGAAGGAGUUCAGUUACAAAUAAUUAAGGCUCUUCUGACAGCAGUGACGUCCCCACACAUUGAAAUUCAUGAAGGUACCAUCCUGCAGACAGUUAGGACAUGUUACAAUAUCUAUCUGGCCAGCAAAAACCUCAUCAAUCAAACCACUGCCAAGGCUACCCUUACUCAGAUGCUGAACGUCAUUUUCACCCGCAUGGAAAACCAAGUGUUGCAGGAGGCCAGAGAAUUGGAAAAAUCAAUCCAGUCAAAACCCCAGUCCCCUGUGAGCCAAGCUGCAGCAGUGUCCCCAAAGUUCAGUCACCUGAGGCAGAACCAGGCACAAAGCAAACCAACAACUCCUGAAAAAACAGAGUUAACCAACGGUGAACAUGCCAGGAGUGGUUCUGGAAAAGUGAGCUCAGAGAAUGGAGAUGCACCCCGAGAGCGAGGCCCGUCACUGUCAGGGGCUGAUGAUGGAGCCCAGGAGGUAGUGAAGGAGAUCUUAGAAGAUGUGGUCACAUCUGCCGUUAAAGAAGCAGCACAAAAGCGUGGUUUGACAGAACCUGAGAGGGUCCUUGGUGAACUGGAGUGCCAGGAAUGUGCUGUUACCUCAGCAGUUGAUGAAAAUUCACAGACCAAUGGGAUAGCGGAUGACAGGCAGUCCUUGUCGUCGGCAGAUAACCUGGAAUCAGACGCACAAGGACAUCAAGUGGCUGCUAGGUUCUCUCACAUUCUGCAGAAGGAUGCCUUCCUCGUGUUUCGCUCCCUUUGCAAGCUGUCCAUGAAACCCCUUGGUGAAGGCCCCCCAGAUCCAAAAUCCCAUGAGCUGCGUUCCAAGGUGGUUUCCCUGCAGCUGCUCCUCUCCGUGUUACAGAAUGCUGGCCCAGUCUUCAGGACUCAUGAGAUGUUCAUCAACGCAAUCAAGCAGUAUCUCUGUGUGGCACUGUCCAAAAACGGCGUCUCUUCAGUACCUGAUGUCUUUGAGCUCUCUCUUGCCAUUUUUCUUACUCUUCUUUCAAACUUUAAAAUGCACUUGAAAAUGCAGAUAGAGGUCUUUUUCAAAGAAAUUUUCCUGAACAUUUUAGAAACAUCAACAAGUUCUUUUGAGCACAGGUGGAUGGUCAUUCAAACUCUGACAAGGAUCUGUGCAGAUGCCCAGUGUGUUGUAGAUAUUUAUGUCAACUACGACUGUGAUUUAAAUGCUGCUAAUAUUUUUGAGCGCCUCGUAAAUGACUUAUCCAAAAUUGCUCAGGGAAGAAGUGGACACGAACUGGGAAUGACACUUCUGCAGGAGCUCAGUCUGAGGAAGAAAGGCUUGGAGUGCCUCGUGUCCAUUCUCAAGUGCAUGGUGGAAUGGAGCAAAGACCUCUAUGUGAAUCCCAACCACCAGACCAGCCUCGGUCAGGAGAGGCCCAGCGAUCAGGAAAUGGCAGAUGGGAAAGGCCUGGACAUGGCAAGACGGAGCAGCGUGACGUCCAUGGAGUCCACACUGUCCUCAGGGACCCAGAUGGCCAUCCAGGAUGAUCCGGAGCAGUUUGAGGUCAUCAAACAACAAAAGGAGAUUAUUGAACAUGGCAUAGAGCUUUUCAACAAGAAACCCAAGAGAGGGAUCCAGUUUCUCCAGGAGCAAGGCAUGCUGGGGACAUCAGUUGAAGAUAUUGCCCAAUUCCUGCACCAGGAAGAGCGCCUUGAUUCUACGCAAGUAGGUGAUUUUCUGGGAGACAGCACACGGUUCAACAAGGAAGUGAUGUAUGCCUAUGUGGACCAACUUGACUUCUGUGAAAAGGAGUUUGUCUCAGCCCUGCGGACGUUUCUAGAAGGUUUCCGCCUACCUGGGGAAGCCCAGAAGAUUGAUCGGUUAAUGGAGAAGUUUGCCGCAAGAUACAUAGAGUGCAAUCAGGGGCAAACUCUGUUUGCUAGUGCCGACACUGCCUAUGUCCUAGCAUAUUCAAUUAUUAUGCUAACUACAGACUUGCACAGCCCUCAGGUAAAAAAUAAAAUGACAAAAGAGCAGUAUAUUAAAAUGAAUCGGGGUAUCAAUGACAGUAAAGAUCUACCAGAAGAGUAUCUCUCAAGCAUUUAUGAAGAGAUAGAAGGCAAGAAAAUUGCAAUGAAAGAAACAAAAGAGCAUACGAUGGCAACCAAAUCUACUAAGCAGAAUGUAGCUAGUGAAAAACAGCGACGGUUGCUAUAUAAUCUGGAAAUGGAGCAAAUGGCUAAAACAGCCAAAGCUCUGAUGGAGGCUGUGAGCCACGCCAAAGCCCCGUUUACAAGUGCUACUCACUUAGACCAUGUCCGGCCAAUGUUCAAACUGGUGUGGACGCCACUCUUGGCAGCCUACAGCAUUGGACUGCAGAACUGUGACGACACCGAGGUGGCCUCACUGUGUUUGGAAGGCAUUCGGUGUGCAAUCCGGAUUUCCUGCAUCUUUGGAAUGCAGCUGGAACGAGAUGCCUACGUUCAGGCUCUUGCUCGCUUCUCCCUGCUGACAGCCAGCUCCAGCAUCACAGAGAUGAAGCAGAAAAAUAUCGACACUAUAAAGACACUUAUUACAGUGGCUCACACCGACGGCAACUAUCUUGGGAAUUCCUGGCAUGAGAUCUUGAAAUGCAUCAGCCAGCUGGAGCUUGCUCAGCUGAUAGGAACCGGUGUGAAGACCCGCUACCUGUCUGUGUCUGGGCGUGAAAGAGAAGGGAGCCUGAAGGGCCACGCUUCAGCAGGGGAAGAGUUCAUGGGCCUUGGCCUCGGUAAUUUGGUGAGUGGAGGAGUGGAUAAAAGACAAAUAGCCAACCUCCAGGAAUCAGUUGGUGAGACCAGUUCGCAGAGUGUGGUUGUAGCUGUAGACAGAAUUUUUACUGGAUCUACAAGACUGGAUGGAAAUGCAAUAGUUGACUUUGUCCGCUGGCUCUGUGCUGUGUCCAUGGACGAGCUGGCUUCCCCCCACCAUCCCCGCAUGUUCAGCUUGCAAAAGAUUGUGGAGAUUUCAUACUACAACAUGAAUCGGAUCCGCCUGCAGUGGUCCCGAAUAUGGCAUGUGAUUGGAGAUCAUUUCAAUAAGGUUGGUUGUAACCCCAAUGAAGAUGUAGCUAUCUUUGCUGUUGACUCAUUAAGGCAGCUCUCCAUGAAGUUUCUUGAAAAGGGAGAAUUAGCCAACUUCCGUUUCCAGAAAGAUUUUCUGAGGCCCUUUGAGCAUAUCAUGAAGAAAAACAGAUCUCCAACCAUCCGGGACAUGGUGAUCCGCUGCAUUGCCCAGAUGGUGAACUCUCAGGCAGCCAACAUCCGCUCAGGCUGGAAGAACAUCUUUGCCGUGUUCCACCAGGCAGCCUCGGAUCAUGACGGGAACAUCGUGGAACUGGCCUUCCAGACAACAGGCCACAUCGUCACAACUAUUUUCCAGCACCAUUUCCCUGCAGCCAUCGAUUCCUUCCAAGAUGCUGUGAAGUGCUUGUCGGAGUUUGCCUGCAAUGCUGCUUUCCCCGACACGAGCAUGGAAGCAAUCCGGCUCAUCCGCUUCUGUGGGAAAUACGUCUCCGAAAGACCUCGGGUGCUACAAGAAUACACAAGUGAUGACAUGAAUGUGGCUCCUGGUGACAGAGUGUGGGUCCGAGGAUGGUUCCCCAUCCUGUUUGAGCUCUCCUGCAUCAUUAACCGAUGCAAGCUAGAUGUGCGGACAAGAGGCCUCACGGUCAUGUUCGAGAUCAUGAAGAGCUAUGGCCACACCUUUGAAAAGCACUGGUGGCAGGACCUGUUCAGAAUCGUGUUCAGAAUUUUUGACAACAUGAAACUCCCUGAGCAGCAGUCGGAGAAAUCUGAGUGGAUGACAACAACUUGCAAUCAUGCACUUUAUGCUAUUUGUGAUGUAUUUACACAGUUUUAUGAAGCUUUGAAUGAAGUUCUCCUUUCUGAUGUAUUUGCACAAUUGCAGUGGUGUGUAAAACAAGAUAAUGAGCAGUUGGCUCGAUCAGGUACAAACUGCUUAGAAAACUUAGUAAUAUCCAAUGGAGAGAAAUUCAGUCCUGACGUCUGGGAUGAAACGUGCAAUUGUAUGUUGGAUAUUUUCAAAACAACCAUCCCACAUGUUUUGUUGACAUGGAGACCUGUUGGGAUGGAGGAAGAUUCAUCAGAAAAACACUUGGAUGUGGACCUGGAUCGCCAGUCUUUAAGCAGCAUAGAUAAAAAUGCCUCUGAGAGAGGCCAGAGCCAACUCUCUAACCCGACUGAUGACAGCUGGAAAGGUAGACCAUAUGCAAAUCAGAAACUGUUUGCCAGCCUCCUCAUCAAGUGUGUGGUCCAGUUGGAAUUGAUACAGACCAUUGACAACAUCGUGUUCUAUCCUGCAACAAGCAAAAAGGAAGAUGCAGAGCACAUGGUUGCUGCCCAGCAAGACACGCUGGAUGCAGAUAUCCACGUAGAGACAGAGGAUCAGGGUAUGUAUAAGUGCAUGUCUUCCCAGCACCUCUUCAAGCUAUUGGACUGUUUGCAAGAGUCCCAUUCAUUCUCAAAGGCCUUCAACUCCAAUUACGAGCAACGGACUGUACUGUGGCGAGCAGGUUUUAAGGGUAAGUCUAAACCCAAUCUUCUAAAACAAGAAACCAGCAGCCUGGCUUGUUGUCUGAGGAUCCUAUUUCGAAUGUAUGUUGAUGAAAACCGCAGAGAUUCCUGGGAAGAAAUACAGCAGCGACUUUUAACUGUGUGCAGUGAGGCCCUGGCCUAUUUCAUCACCGUGAAUUCUGAAAGCCAUCGGGAGGCCUGGACUAGUCUCCUAUUGUUACUUCUAACAAAAACCCUCAAAAUAAACGAUGAAAAGUUUAAAGCACAUGCUUCAAUGUACUACCCCUACUUGUGUGAAAUUAUGCAGUUUGACCUGAUUCCUGAGCUCCGAGCUGUUCUGCGGAAGUUCUUCCUACGGAUAGGUGUUGUGUAUAAGAUAUGGAUUCCAGAAGCGCCACCCCCGGUAUCAGGGACGUUUUCCCCAGUGUGGUAGCCCGGAGCCCCGAGGGCCGCUGCUGCAGCUCUGCAGUGUUCACCAUGCCACCUCCUCUGCCUGGCACAUCUCAUGAAGGGUCAGAUCAUAGGAACAAGGAGUUGGCAUCUGGGAGCUCAGAAUGGCCUGGAGAAUGGCCUGGAUAAAGAUGGUCUCUGUGCUGGUCCCAUCAGGGUCCUGACUAAGGUGUCGUGGUAUUUCAUUAAACGGUUGCAUACCCAGUGAACACAGUAAGUGGGGAGUCUGUUUCAUCUCUGUCAUUCCAUUUUACUGAUUGAACUUGUCAAAUCUGUCAUUGCACAUGCUGUCAUUUUCUAGCAAAGUCCCAUGACUGGCUGUAAAUGUUUUGUCAGAGGAAGUCACUCUACUUGAAAAUACUGAACAUAGCUGUAUAGGUUUGUGAUCAUUAGAGAGUAUGUUAAUAAAAUUUCUUGUAACGGCUAAGUGCCACCUUAAAUAUGCUGGGGUUUUUUGUUGUUUGUGUUGGAGGAGUUUGAGUGUUUUUGUCAAUUGUGAGUCAGCUAGAUUAGUUUGGAGAAAAGGAAACAAAGGGUUGUGUUUGUUUGGUUUUUUUCCUGUUUUGUUAAUGUCUGGGUGAUUUUUAAAGUAUUUUUCAAAAAGAAAUUACUGAAGAUUUGAUUGAAGACUGAGUUUAGUAAUUAAGUUAGAAGUAUGCGCUUGCAAGUUAAAAACAUGUAUUUCCUCCUGGCUCUCCCUGUUACAGUAACUUGGGGAGAAAAAGUCCAUAAGAAAAUUAAAAACUUAUUGGAAGAUGACUAGCCUUCCUUCAAGUAAGUAUUUGUGGAUGUGUAUUAAAUUAAAAUUUCCCUCACAUACUCUGAAAUCUAAUAUAUGAAGUAGUAACAAAAAUGAAGUUAUUUAACAAAGGUAAUUUAUAUUUGAGUAAACCUUUAUUUUUACCUCAGAAUAGUACGUACCAAUUAUCAGUACCCCACUUUGCACAGUCCCCAUUAAAGAGCCCUCGAGAGAGAGGGAUAGUGACUGAGAAAGGUCGCUCCGUGGACCUCCUUGGCCACAGAAGUUGAACCUGUGCUUUUGUGAGGCCAGCACAGCUAAACUGAGACCAUGGCAGGAGGUGUCUUGUGCCCAGCACUUCUGUUAAUUCGAGCCUCAGUGUUGAAUUCUUUGGAAAGGUUAGAUUCUGGGGUCCUUAUUAUAUUAAUGACGGUGCAAUCCUGAUGCAGCUUAUGUAGAAGUGGGCAGUACACAAAUACAGCCCAAAGCCUGCAAGCAGUAUAUUUGGAAGCUUAAUAUUUCUGAGUCAGUGAGAAAGUGAACAUAUACUUCAUCCUCUGCCCUCUCAUCUACUGCCCACCUAGAGCGGCAUCCAGCAUUAGAGAGGGUGUUACAGAGCCACUCACGCAUUCAGACUUCUACCUAUUCCCUUUAGUCCUGUAAAUUGGGUCGUAUUGAUGUCAACUCCGGUGCCUUAGCAGUUAGUAAGUUGGGAACCUAUCUAUAAAAUCAGAAGUUUUUUCUUUAUAGAGAAGGAUUCUGGUGCUUUUGUUUACUAAGAGAUCGAUUUCUUAAAUUGUUGUGUUUUUAACAGCCUUGAGAAAUGCUGGUUUUGGUCAGUAGCACUCUGUCUACUGUUUUCUUUCCCCAAAAGUGUUUUAAUUUCUCUACCAAAGAAAAAAAGAACAGGUUUAGGUUUUUAUGUUAUUUACAUCCAUUAGAGAAGAGGAGCUAUAUCAUUGAGCAGGAGGGGGCUGUGGGAGAGUACUUUACUAUGAAGGCAAACUGUUAGCACCAUGAAAUCCCUUACGUCUUCACACUGCAACGUGGAAGCUGCAUUCGGACUUACUGCCUGGUACUGUAGUUCACCACAGCCUCCACUAGUCAGUCAUCUACACUGACACUUGUACUAAAGGUUUAAAUGGGGAGCAUGUGUGUUCAUUAAUACUUAACAUUUUCUGUACAACCCAAGACCCUGAUUGGGGGUUUUUUCUCACGUGACAUUUUCUUCAUUGAAUGUGACUGCAAGACUUUUCCAGUGUUAUUCCUGCCUUUUUCAUUUUUCGCCUCCCUUAACAGAGUAGGAAAUGUGUAAGCACAUUUUGUUACUUGCUGAAAAUUCAGGUUUGAAUUUUAAUUUUGUCUUUUAAAAGAUAUGGUUUUUUGAAUAAGGUUGUUGAAUUGUAUCAGCAUGGACCUUUUAAAAACUGGAUGUAAAACCAUUUAGGAUAAUUUUUCAUGUUGGUGAACCAUGACAUACAGAGGAAAUCCCUUACCUCCAAUAAUAAGCCAUUCAGCCUAAAUCCUAUUUUGUGAAUAAAUCUAUCUCAUGGUAACACGGCUUAUGCCACCAAACACUAGUGAAAAGGGUGUGUGUGGCUGCAGCACCAGGCCAGGACACUAUUUACUAACAGAGUCAUGGAGAAGAGGGAAGCAUUUCCAAAGCCUUAUUUCUUUCUCAGAAUGCUUUAAGUGUUGAUUAUAUGUGCUAGGUCUCCAUAGAGAAGUUUUAUUUGUUACUAUACUGCUGCUGUGAGCGAUUUUGUUUUUCUUCAUUGUCUAGGGAAAUCACCAGCUUUGGCAUCUUAACAACAAACAGGGGAUGGGAAAUUUUAUUUCUAGUAUGCAUCUUUACAGUCAAAUACACCUUUUCCCUGUUACUCCUCGAGUACAACCAAAGAACAUACAUUAUGGAAAUUGUUUAACAUCUGGAAACAACAUUUUCCCCAACAGGUGACUUUUGUACAAAAUGAAGAAAAAAAAACCCUAAACUUUCAUGGGUUUUUUUGUGAUUAUGGCUAUACAUUUUGCAGUCUUUAUAGUUAUUAAAGGAACCUACUGACAAAUCCAAGUACGACCAUCUCAUUCAAAUGUUUGUUGUUAGGAUGCAAACAGAUACUGGUUUAAACAGAAGCUGGAUCCUUAAUACUGCAUUUUUUCAGUUCUGUUUUAAUAUUUGUAUUAAGUUAGAUGUAGCUUGAAUUCACAUGAAAUGUUGGAGUUUUGCUACCAGCAGCUUUGUCAUUUGGGAAACAAAGAAACCAAAGCUGAAUAUUUACAAGAAUGAAUAUAUCUGGAAAUCCUUACUCUCAAAAAAAGACACUCAUCAAAGGUGUGGUUUUUCUCAGUGUUCUAAUUUUUAAAAAAAUUUAUGUGCAUAUUUGCAUCAGUAUUUCUUUAUGUGCAAAAUAUGUUUUACCUCCUCUUACCUGCCUAAAAGAUAAUUAAUAGCUACAUUUGUUUAAUCUGAUGAUUAAGUGCAUUUAAUAUUGGUAAUUUAAUGAAAAGCAUUCCUUGCCCAAUGGAUGUAUACAUUUUUGGAAGAAAAGCAGAAUUAUAUAAUAUGAAAUGCUAUGUAAAGUUUUCUAUGUAAAAAUACUAUGUAUAAUACUGUUAAAAUAUCCCGUGCUUUAAUCAGGUGGUAAAUCAAUAAAGUUUUAAAAUGUAAA